AUGGAAGCUCUCCGCAACGCGCUUCUCAACGAGCUCGCCAGCAGAGCCAUAUCCUUCCUGGUGUCCACGUGCGGGAGCAGGCUGAUGCCGGCGCCGGCGAGCGUCCGGGAGCGGGAGGAGGAGAGGCUGAUGCUCAUGCACCGUCUGCGGCUCCUGCUCCUGAGGAGCGCCACGAUCGUCGAGGAAGCCGAGGGCCGGCGCGUCACCAACCGUGGCGUGCUCCGGCAGCUCAGGGUCCUGCGCGACACGAUGGUGAGAGGCCACUACGUCCUCGACACUGUCAGGUACGACGCCGGCGGAGGAGACCGGCGGGAAGAAGAGGACGGCAAGGAGGUGGUGGUUCCAGCGUUCGCCUCGUCCCUAUUCAACCCAGCCAAGCGUGCCCGGUGCGAGCCGUCGUCGGAGACCACGACGGCCAGCAGCUCUCUCCAGCUGCAGCGGAUGGUGCGCAGCCUGGAGGCCGUCAUCGCCGGCGCCAAGGAGCUGGCCGUGUUCCUGAUGGCCUGCCCACCCGUGUCAUGCCGCCAGCCUUACAGCGCCCAUUUGUUCCUGGACAAGUGCAUGUUCGGCCGACACGCGGAGAGGGACCAGGUUCUUGAAUUCUUGCUGCAAGCUGAGCCACCGGAGCCGGUGACGACGAGUGCUGCAAACCCGGGGCCGGCCGCCGGCGUUCUUCCGAUCGUCGGCCCUGCGCUCAUCGGGAAGAGCACCCUUGUGGAGCAUGUCUGCAACGACGAGAGGGUGCGCAGCCAUUUCUCCCUGAUCCUGUUGCACCACGCUGCUGCUGCCGGGAGUGCUGGCCUCGGAGGUCUCGAAACCAUGGCCGCCUUGAGGGACAGCUGCGUGACCAAGCAUCAGAACAACACGACGACGGAGGAGGAAGAUGAAAGAUGGUUGCUUGUCAUCGAGCUUUCAGGGGACGUGGACGCCGACGACGACGACGAGGCAUGGCCAUGGUGGAACAGCCUCUUGUACCACUCUCGUGGAAGAUGCAUGCCGCGGGGGAGCAAGGUGAUACUCACGAGCCGUUCUGAGAAGAUCGAGAGGUUAGGGACGACGCGAGCUGUCCGGCUGAGAUGCCUCAGCACGGAAGCCAUGUGGUAUUUCUUCAAGCUGAGCGCGUUCGGGAGCGCUGACCCGGACGAGAACCCGGAGCUGGCGUCGGUGGCCAUGGACAUGGCGGCCGAGGCGCGCGGGUCCUUCACCACCGCCAACAUCAUGGCCGCCAUGGUGAGAGCCGAUCUCAGCAGCCAGCAGCUCUGGUGCAAGGUUCUCGCGACGGCGAGGCACUACAUGCGGAAGAACCUCGUGCUGUUUGGUGAGUACCCGGACGACCUCAAGGCCAAGGACCGUCCUCGCCGCACUUGGAGCAUGAAUAAGCUGCUGAAACCCAACGAGUCUUUCGUCAUCUACGAGACUUACCAGAAGUGCUCCACUCAUCAACCUCAGCAGGAUGAGGACCUCCCGGACCCAGAGGUAACCAUAAUGGACAUGUUGUUCGAAAGAGUGCAACCACGGGGAAGGUUUGAGAUCUUGUUUUGGAAAUCUGUCCUACCGCCCUACUUUAGCUAUAUAUGUCCAUGCGAGAUUCGUGAUACUGAUACGUAUGUCCAAUAG